UUUUCUUUCCGUAUACUUGCAAUCGUUUUAGACGUUAAAGUUUACUCGAAAUUACGUGUCUUGGAUCGAUCGUUGAAUUACGCAGGGAGUAUUUUAGGGUCGAGCCGCAAAACAAUAAGUGCAAGUAUUGAAAUAAGUUUGCGACGACAAGCGCGAGGGAAACUCAUUCGGUAGAUUCUUAAGGAAGAAUGAAUCGAGAGUUAGCCUUUCGUAAUCAUCGAUAUAAAUCCGAUGUUGACUACGUGGUGAAAGUGGCGAGAACGCUUUUGACGCCGAUUGGUAUCUGGCCACUCUAUCGAAGUGAUAGCUUGUCUGACAAGAUUAAAAUGUAUGCACAAAUCAGCCUGGUCUUUACCUUGAUGUGUUGCCUUUUGAUACCUCAUUUGAUCUAUACGUAUUUCGACGCGGAAAAAUUAACCAAAAUGAUGAAGGUUAUCGCAGCCCAGGUAUUUAGUACUCUAGCGAUCGUGAAAUUUUGGACGGUGAUUAUCAACAGAAAAGAGAUUGGAUAUUGUUUGCUGGAAAUGGAAAGGCAAUAUAAAGAUGUCGAGUGCGAGGAGGAUCGUUCGGUGAUGGUAAAGAGUGCCAAGAUCGGUAGACUCUUCACCAUCGCUUAUUUGAGUUUAUCCUACGGCGGGGCUCUACCCUAUCAUAUUAUUAUACCCUUGAUAGCCGAUCCAAUUGUAAAGGAUGACAAUACGACGAUGUUACCUCUACCUUAUCUCAGUGAUUACAUUUUCUUCGUCGUCGAGACUUCCCCCAUUCUCGAGAUCUUUUUCGUCGGCCAAAUCUUUGUCAGUAGUCUCAUACUCUCGACAAAUUGUGGCGUUUACAGUCUAAUCGCAAGCUGUGUCAUGCAUGCUUGCUGUCUCUUCGAGGUCGUCCGUAGACAGAUCGACACGAUUUUCGAGUACGAAAAUGAAAGUCUACGUAAGAGAAUAUGCAACAUCAUUGAUAAUCAUCUCCAAGCGAUCAGAAAUCCAUGUUACAGGUACGCCGAGAAGAUCGAACAGGCAUUGAAUAUCGUAUUUCUUUGUGAAAUGGUUGGCUGUACCAUUAUCAUAUGUUUCCUCGAGUUUGGUGUCCUUGUGGAUUUGGAAGAUAAAGAAACUCUGAGUAUGAUGACGUAUGGCGUACUGAUGACCUCGAUUUUCGUCAAUGUCUUUAUAAUAUCAUUUAUUGGUGAUCGCCUUAAAGAAGAGAGCGAGCUGGUCGGCGAGUCAACAUACUCGAUCGAGUGGUAUCGUCUUCCCAAUGCCAUUAUAAGUGACUUGGUAAUGAUAAUCAUACGUUCUAGUCGGCCAUCUCGUUUGACAGCCGGCAAGAUAUUUGAUUUAUCUCUUCAAGGUUUUUGUGACGUUUGCAAGACUUCAGCUGCCUACCUGAAUUUUCUCCGAACGAUGAAAAUAUCGAUAAGGAAUCAAAACUUUGUUAUGACCGAAGGGAAUAAAAAUUACAAAGAAGACAUAGGGUAUACGACCGAGUUGUGUGACUACUUGCUUCGUACACUCGGCAUAUGGCCAUUUUCGAAGAAGAAAAAGGAAUGUACGGAAAGUCUGCUAAAGCUUCUCGUCAUUUUAUUUAGCUACUCUCUAUUGGGUUUCUUCGUUGUACCAGCUAUACUUCAUUUGAUCUUGAUCGAAAAAGAUUCUGGCUCGAAGCUGAAAAAAUUACCGCUCAUCUUUUACAACGUCAUUUCGAUAGCGAAAUAUAGCGGAUUGCUCUUGCAGGAAAACCAAAUCGCUCGUUGCCUGAGGCACGUCGAAGAGGAUUGGAAAAGUGUUAAAAUCGAAAGUUAUCGUGUGAUAAUGAAAAAAAAAGCAAAACUCGGAAGGCGAUUGCUUCUCAUUUGCGGCAUUCUCAUGUAUAGCAGUGGUGGUUUCAAUCGAGUUUUUCUACCCCUUUCUAGGGGCAAGAUAGUAACCCUUCAAAAUAUUACGAUCAGGCCUCUUCCCUGUUCCGGAUACUAUGUCUUCUUCGACGAUCAAAUCAGUCCUAAUUAUGAGAUCGUCUUUUGCCUGCAGUGCGUCUCCGGAUUGGUAACUUAUUCAAUUACCACAGCGAUCUGUGGCUUAGCGGCACUUUUCGUCAUGCAUGCUUGCGGACAACUCGAAAUUCUCGUGAAAUUAAUCAAAGGUAUCGUUAAAAAGACAGAUAACGGAGAAGAUCAAACGAAUAAACUGAUUUCUAUAACGGUCGAGCAUCAAAUUAAAGUACGAAGUUUUUUGCAAACGGUAGAAGUUACGAUGCAACAGAUAUGUUUGUUCGAGCUCAUGGGUUGCACCUUGACCAUGUGUUUCUUUGGAUAUUGUUUAAUUACGGAAUGGGGCAACCACAACCUGACUAGUAUUUGUACAUACUUCGUCGGGCUUUUAUCUAUAACAUCUCAUAUUUUCAUGUUCUGUUUUGUCGGUGAACAACUUAGUUUACAGGCAGAAAAGGUGGCUGUAACGUCCUGCAUACUCGAUUGGUAUCGUUUGCCAAACAACAAGGCCAAGAGCGUCAUUUUAAUAAUGGCUAUAUCUCAUUGUCCCAUGAGAAUUACAGCAGGAAACGUAAUAGAACUAUCUCUUCAAACUUUUGGUCAGGUUAUCAAAACAGCAGCAGCAUAUUGCAAUAUAUUACGAACAGUAACUUAAUCAUUACUUUUUCAAGUAGUAAAAAUUAUAAAAUCUAUUUAAAAAAAAAAAAAACGCGAUACACGUUACAAAUACUAAAGGAAUAUAUCGAUUUUAAUAGUACGAAUAAAAGUGAUUCGUAAAAAAUGUAGACAGAGAUUUUAUAAAGUUUUCUGAAAUAUAUAUGCAAUGAAAGGGUUGCGCUUCUUUAUAGAAAACGCUAUCUACAAUACUUUUCUCGUUCAAUAUUUAUCGCACUGUUGUAAUCGAUGUUAUGUAAACUUUUACAAAUUCCCUAUCUCUUUUAUACUACGUAUAAUUUAUCUGUGGUUUUAUCUGGGCGGCCUAUGAUUGAUAUGUAUUCAUAAAAAUCCUAAAUUUUUUAUAUUUACUAUGUAUGAAUAAAAUUCUCUUCGUUAAUUGAAAAUAAAUUAUUAAUAUAAACAUGAAAUAGUAUCUAUGAAAUAGUUUAUAAAUAAUUCUGAAUGUAGCUAUCGAAUUUAAUCAAUGAAUUACAGUGUCUAUGAAAUAGUAAGGCAUUAAUUCAGUGUCUCUAUAAUAAUUAAUCAAUGACUUACCGACUUACCAACCUUAUCGACAUUGCCUACUCAUCGAAAUAACCAGCUAAGCGCAAUCAUCAACUCAAUGAAAUUACCAGUUACCGGUAUUACCGACUUUUUUGCCUUAGACUUUACUGAUCAUUUAUCUGCAGAUAUAUUAUUAAUGAUUUUUAUUAUAAAGAAUAAUAAUUCUAUAAUCAUCACGUUCUCCUGAAUUACAUUUGAAGAAUUUCAUUUCAAUGCUUAGAGAAUUAAUUUCUGUGACAGGAGAAUGUGAUGUCAAAAGAAGUGGUAGGAUUUUUCAGAUAAGGUUUUCGGAUAAUCUGCACGAGCAAGGAGUUUACAAAAAAAUUAAUUAUGUGUUUAUUGUAGUUAAACAAUGUUUAUUUUAAUCUUUAUGUAUAUGUGUGUGUGUGUGUGUGUGUGAUAAUCUGAGUUGUUUUUUGUAUCAUAAUUUUUGUAUUACAUUAUGCCAAUAGUUUUCAUUAUACAAUUUCAAACAAUUCGAUGAUUCAAUGUCUUUCUAAUCUACAUUUAUUUCUUACGACAAUAUGUAUUAAUUUGUGUCAUUUAUAUUAUUUUUAUAUGUUUCAUUUCGUUCUAUACAUUUAAUUCAAUAUUAUAUAUGUAAAUUUCAUGUUUUAAUAUUUUUGAUUAAGGAUUAAUAUCGAUACGUCUUGAUUUAAGUAUUGUUAUAUUCUUUUAAUUUCAUUCAAGCAAAAUAUAUAUUUAAAAGCUAACUUCAAACUCUUUUUCAAUUAAAUCGUUUUACGUUUUGGAAAAAAUCCCUUCGAUUUAUUCAUAUAUAAUAUAUAAUUUAUAUAAAAAUCUGCUUGUAAUUAAUUCAUUAUAGUAUAAUUAAUAUGUAUACAAUUUAUUACAUUUGGGAAUAAUCUUUAGAUUUCAUUUAUUUGGAAUUAUUCUAUAGUAUUACGUUGUGUAAACUCUACAAAUAUUUUUCGAAUUUUUUUUGUUUUCAUUAAGUAAUACAUUAAUAAAUCGAUCAAUUACAAUGUAAAGAUAUUUUAAUAUAAUUUUAGAAAUAUUUUUUUGUUGUGUCUUUCUUACUACAAUCCAAUCACAUUAUUUCUUAUAUCUAUUUUUCAGGUAAUUCGUUAUAGAAUUUUUUUUCAAAGUAAGAAGUCUUCUGUCGUCAUUUCUUCAUACUUCAAUCGUCAAAUUUUGUAACAUUUAGAAUUUUCUUUUCCUUCUCUUCUGAACGAAUAUCCCUAAAAAAAG